GAGACAUGAGACUCCCGACUGUGGCGGCCGCGCUCGCGUGCCUCGUGGCGCUCGUCGCUCGAGCCUGCGCAGCGAGCGGACCGACGCUCUCCUGCUGCCUCAGCGUCUCCGACACCGUGGUACCGCGGAGAAGAGUGUCGGACUACAGGGUGCAGAACGCCGCCCUCUGUCCCGUCCGCACCGUGGUCUUCCUGACCACCUCUGGGAAGACUGUGUGCUCAGAUCCUGAAAAGAAGUGGGUGAAAAGGGCCAUUCGCUGGGUAAACAACAAGAGGGCGAAAAUGGGAGGAAGUCUGCAGACAACGGGAAGACCCAAAACCAACCGUGAAAAACCAAGAAAUAAAGGGAAGAAAAGGAUGAGGCAACGCAAACAGAAGACAAACUGACUUGACAUCACAACUGUGCCUCCUGCGUCUGGUUCGCUGUCAUGCUCUUAAGGAGAGGAGUUCCCCUUCUCCCCGUCUCUUGGCAUUCUGCCGAAACGUACUUUUAUGCAAUGCACUGGAAUGUUCUCAGUUCUCUACAAAGAAACCAAAGGAACACAUGAUAUAUUUUUAUAUUUGUCAGACUUAUAUGUAUUUACUUCAUACACAUUAUUUUUGUACGCAUGUAAAAUAAUUUGUCUUAUAAUAAAUAUCUGUAAUUGACCCUUUUGUGGGUCAUAUGCUUUCAAGGAAUUCAACCGUUACUUGUUCUCUUUGACUUGUUUGGCAGCUAAUUGAUUUUGUUGAGUUUGUCAUUGGUUCACAUUCUCACUGAAGUAUGUUAAGGUAUGCAAGGGUGUGUACAAGAGUUUAAUGGGCUGAAAUUAUCAGUAGUGUUUUGUAAAUAGGAGCAUUUUAGUGAUGCUUGAGUCACAUGGUCACAAUACAGGACACAAAUGUCCACAGCUUCUCUCUACAGUUACCAGUCCUAGUUUGUUUUUACUUGUUUUUGGUUAUUAUAUAGUCUUAAGAAACUGCAAGUUCACUGUGAUGCUAUUAAUGUAAUAUGCAAAGUGUGUCCUCCAUCCUACUGUAUAAUUUGUACAUGUGCCUCUGUUCCAUCUGGAGCAUCUGGUUAUACAAUAAAGAUGCAC